CAAAUCACCGGUCUAACUCUGGGUCAAAAAAUGGUUCUGUGAUCUCUAUAAAUACAGGUCCUAUUUCUGAAAGAGUAUCAGUUGAAAUUUAGGAACCAGCUUAGAAAAGUGGCAAAAAGGUAACAAUAUAGCAUCGCAGGUGAAAAAGAAAAGAGGCAAACAGCAGAACAAUUAUAGAUCUGGAUAUACUUUCACAACAACUUGGCAAAAGGCAACGGAGUUCGAGUGCAAUAUAGUUAGUGUGCAAUUUGCAAGAUGGAGCUCUCGGUGAUUUUUGUGUGCAUGGGCGUUUUGCUCAUGGGCACCGCAAACGCGGAGUAUAACUACAAGACAGGGUUUCUGAACGCGCAGGGAGUCCCCGAUGGUGGGAUGGAUGUUGUACCGCCAUCAUUCGAAGAAAUUCAGGCUUUUGGCACUGCAAAUAGUGGUGACGCAUUUACAAACAUUAUGGCAAGAAAUAUAGCUAUAAACGAAACGGAGUUGUGUCUCGAGCAGGGAGAUAUUCCCGUCCCAUGUAACAGCACCGGUCGAGCCAAACGAAACGCUCUCCGUGAUCGCGGUAUGAGAUGGGUAAACGGUGUGGUUCCAUACGUCAUCGACAACCGAUACGAUUACGGUACUCGCGCUCGCAUCACGAGGGCUAUGGAACGUUACCAUGAAACCACUUGCAUCCGAUUCGUAGAGAGAACAAGAGAAACAGACUACAUCUAUAUCUUCCCCGGUAACGGGUGUUAUUCUCUGGUCGGCCGUGUCGGAGGUCAGCAGCAGGUUUCUCUGGGAAAUGGCUGCACUACGAACUUGGGUACGAUCAUUCACGAACUCAUGCACGCCGUCGGAUUCCACCACGAACAGACGCGAACAGACCGCGAUACAUACGUCUACAUCUACUUUAACAAUAUCAUUCAAGGUCUUGAAUACAACUUCGACAAGUAUGAACAAACCUACAUCGACCACCUCGGUACCCCAUACGAUUUGUUCUCCGUCAUGCACUACCACAUGACCGCGUUUACAUCGAACGGACAGCCGACCAUCGUCGCUCGCGACCAGAGAUUCCAGCUCGACUACCGUUCCGAUUUCAGUGACAACGACAUCAACAAACUCAACAUUUACUAUGAAUGUGACGGCAACACUGUCGAUCCCACGUUACCGGAGGAAGUUGAUUGUGUUGAUAGUAAUCAAAACUGUCCUGGUUGGGCUGAUGCUGGAUACUGUGCUACUAACUCCUGGAUGAUUGCCAAUUGUAAGCUCAGCUGCGCAGUCUGUGUCAUUACUCCUACUCCUACUCCAGGAACCGGAGGCAAUGAUGACUGCAAGGACAUGAACGAUAACUGUGCUGGUUGGGCUAAUGCGGGCGAGUGUCAAGCCAACCCAUCCUGGAUGUUGCCCAACUGUCCCGUCAGUUGCGAUCAGUGUGAAACCGUCAAUCCCGGUGAAAACUGCAUAGACAUGAAUGAGAAUUGUGCAAUUUGGGCCAAGUAUCGACAGUGCACCGAAAACCCUGGCUACAUGCUUGAAUUCUGCCCCCGUUCCUGUGGGCAAUGCGUUGGUAGCGGUAUCAUGCAAACUUGUGAGGAUUUCAAUGACCAAUGUGCAGACUGGGCAAGUACGGAGCAGUGUCAGCUGAAUCCCGGCUACAUGAACUACGAGUGUAGGAAGAGCUGUUCCCUUUGUGCUGCCAGCUCGCCUUUGGAACUGCUACCUCAAACUCAAUGCCAAGACACGAGCGGUUACUGUCCUGUGUAUGCUGAGGAUGGGAUGUGCGUGUCGAAGCCCGAGUACAUGGGCCUCGUUUGCCCCGACACCUGUCAAAUGUGCCCCGGCAAGAUCUACGCCGAAAGUGGGUCUAGUGGGUCUAGUGAGCUCCGAUCCUUCUACGGCUUCCUUGGCGCCCUUUUCAUCUCAUUUCUAGCGCGCAGAUUAGCUCUGUAAACAAAAGCCUCUUCCAAAACCCAAAACAUUAUGUACAGAAAUUAAAAUAAUGGCAUCGACGUUAGUCUCGUUUUUUUUUAAUCUGUGUUAAACUCUGUUUACAAGCUGUCAAUUUUUUUGUAAAAAACAAAUCAGUUUGUUUUAUUGAAGUGAUAAUUUUCUGUCAUAAUCAUUGUAUCAUAUUUUUAUUUAUCUAUUUAUUUAAAUUGUGUUCUUACAAUAUUUGUAUCUGUAUUUUUUCUUGUAAUUAAGAGAACUUUUUCUUAUAUAUAUUAGGUAAACGAAUUUCUUGGCAAAUAAGCUAUUACAGUGUGAUUUAUUAAUGAUUGGCGUGUUGACCUACGAUUUGCACAUAAUUAGGGUUUUGAAGAUUUACAAUUACAGUACAGAUUAUAUAUUUAUAAAAGUACUUUAACUAUAAACACAAAAAGAUAAAGAGGCUGAAAUUAUGAACUGUAAUAUGACUAUGAUGUACUUGUACAAUGUAUAAUCAUGUACAAAUACGUUGUGAGAAACAAAAUCAGUGCUUGUGUGUGACUUUUUAUUUAAUUGAAAAUAUGAACACCUAGAAGUUGCAACUGUUGAUAUUUCUAUAUUAGUGAACACGAAUAUAUUAAGAAACUGAUAUUGUGCUGGGCACAAACAUGAUGUAAUUUAUAUUUGUUAUUCGUUAUUAUAUUUUGGAAUAAAAAAUAUAUUGCCUAAUGAAAU